AUGUCCAUCCUUUUCACCACAGGGGCUACCGUCACGUUCCACAAGCUCGUGGACCACGUGGUGGAGCCGCUGUUCGUGCUGGACUUGAAUGCCUUGGGCUUCACCAAAGUGGCCAUCCAGUUUGGCAACGAGGUGUCCCACUCCAAGCAUGUCAGCAAACAGUAUUUUUCCGACGCCAUGGCGAAAACCGAGUUUAUGGAGAAGCUCGGCUUGCAGAUCUCCAACGAGUUCAACGACAAGCUGGUGGUGCACUUGGCUCUGCUGGACUUGGACUUGAAAAUCGAGGUGUUUCCCUUUGCUCCCAGCAUCAACGACUACAUUGCCGGCGCCGACAUUGUGGUGUCCCACGCCGGAACGGGCUCAAUUUUGGACGUGCUCAGGCUCGGCAAGCCCUUGAUUGUUGUCACCAACCAGGACUUGAUGAACGACCACCAGGAGGAGGUGGCUGCCCAGUUCGAAAAGUUGGGCUACCUCUACCGCGUCAACACCGCCGAAAUGCGCCUGGGCAAGCUUCUCGACCUCAUCACCCAGUUCCACAAGGGCCUGCUACGUUUUUCUCAUAUGCUGGCGCCUUCCGACGGAGUUAUCGAACAGGUGCUCUCCGAGGAGCUAGAUCGUGCCCGCAGGUGA